AUGACAUCCCUGAUCUUUGGAUCAAUUUAUCUGUCUCACAAGGGCUUCGUGAAUCACCGUCGUGAAAAACAGCGGCAGAAAAACUAUGAACGAUGGGAAGGCCUUCGUGACGAGUAUGAUGAGCAACGAAAAAUAACCCGGGAAUCGCGAUCUCUCGACAUCCAACGCACCGGGUCAGUUGUUGACUAUGACAAACCGAUCUUGACUCUGCGCGACCAACAAGAAGCGAAUGAUGCUCGUACAAGCUGGCGGCCUCAAGAAGCCUGGGGCGAUGCUCCCGAGAGACGAAGCAGCGUUGAAGUAACAUCUGGUUCGGGCCUGCGACCGUUAGCAAGUCACAAAACCGGGUCUACGUGGGAUGAAGGCUUGCCGCAACCCUUGAAGGUGAGCAGGCGGAAUUGGGACGACUAUGUAUCUCCUGUAAGCAGGAGCAGCAGUCUCAGAAACCCCAGCGGGUCAAAUACAUCCCGAGAUGGGAACGCCAGCAACGCCUCGUCGGUGAACAAACUGUCGCCUCGGCUGGACGUGCCCGCUCCUGCGAGCACUACUCCUCACCCACAUGCUUCCAGGAGCACUAGCAUGCCGGUGGACAUGCUGCCGAAUCAAAAUAUUGAACCGAUUGAGAAUUCAACUCCUGGUGGACGUAUGGCGGAGUUGAUCGAAAUGAGCAACCCUCACCGUCCUGCGCCGUCCACUAACCAGUCGCCACAAACGUAUACAGGGUACCCGACUCAACCCUAC